CUCUCUUUCGAACCUCCACGUUCCGUUCCAGGUCUCCGUUUCGUUCAGUUCUCGUGUAACAGUUUUCGAGACUCUAUUGUAUUACCAGUGAUCUCCUUCACUAUGUCACAAUCAAGUGCAAAAAUCUACGUUGGAAAUUUGAGUUGGAACACCACUGAUGACACGUUGCGCAAUGCUUUCAGCAGUUAUGGACCAGUGCUUGACUCUAUUGUCAUGCGUGACCGUGACACUGGUCGUUCCCGGGGUUUUGGCUUUGUCACCUACGGGACCACUGAGGAAGCAAACCAUGCUAUUGCCAACAUGAAUGAGCAGGAGCUUGAUGGCAGGAGGAUAAAAGUAAACCUUGCUAAUCCCCGUAGCUCCGGAACAGGUGGUGCUGGCGCAGGCGGCGCAGGAUUUGGUGGUGGUUAUGGUGGCGCAGGCGGCUACUCUGGUGGUGGCGGUUAUGGUCAACAACCCGCCUAUGGAGGUCAGGGCGGUUAUGCUGGAAGCCAAGGUGGGUACGGUCAAGGUGGUUAUGGAGGAGGCUACCCAGGCGGUUUUGCUCCCACUGGGUACAGUACCCAGCAAGGUUAUGGUCAGCAAGGUGGAAAUGGCAAUCCAGCAGGUUACGGCCGCGGUUAUUGAUCAAGUGUUGAUCAUCUUUGCUCUCCCCCUAUCUACCUUUGGACACAACAUGCUCUUUUUUCUUAUUCACAUCCACACCCUACUUGCACAUGUCCAGUAUUCUCUCUCUCCUCAUUUUUAGUCUGAACUCUAUUACGAUUCAGCGUGUACUUGUAUGUUCAGAUAUAUCCAUCCC